CGACCGCGACCACGACUCUCCGCCCUCAAUUGACGAAACCACCCCGUCCUCCUCCUAGCCGACUCACGAAUCGUGCGAUUGCGGCGCCCUGCCAUCAAAUUAAACAUACACGAUGUCAUCCUCGGCGCCUCGCGGCGGCGAGCGCAUGAUCCAUCAGGAUUUCAUUGCCAGGAUCCGCUACUCCAACGCCCUCCCGCCUCCUCCCAACCCGCCCAAGCUGCUCGACAUCCCGAACACUGGCCUGGCUAGCGGCCAGUACACAACACCCGGGUUUGCGUCGCGUCUGGCGAGAGAGCAGCCGCUGAAUAUUGAGGUUGAUGCGGAACUCGGCAUGCCCUUGGACCUGGUGGGCAUGCCAGGCAUCUUUGAUGGGGACGAGAGCUCUAUCCAGGCAUCUUCGCAUCCACCUGCCGUUCAUCCCCACGACAGAGCCCUUCUCAGGCCGCUUUCUACUCUGGGCCGAGCCAAGAGCAACGCCGACGCAUCAGUCUCGUUCUUGCGAAGAACCGAAUACAUCUCUUCUGUGGCCCCCAGGAAAGCGGUCGCUACGGGGGCUUUCAUCAACCCCAAGAUCAAGCGCGCGGAGAAGCGCCGCUCUCCCGAGCCGGACAAAGACUCUCCGGCAGCCAUCAGGCGCAAGAUCGAGAAGAGUUUCGAGAGCGCCGAGCGCUUCCUCAGCAACCCAAGCCGCCACCGCCAUCCCAGCAAGCCCCACGUCCAUCUCACCUCCUCGUACCCUCUGCUGCCCGAUCACGACGCGUUCCCCGACUCGGGCGCGUACGUCACCGUCAAGCUCCUCACGAACCCCGUGGCCAGCGCCAACAAGUACGACCGCCGCCUGCUCAGCGGUCUGCUGCGUCCUCUAGACCGGAGCCCGGAGGAGAAUGAGGCUUUCCAAGCUGCCCUCGAGGCUCACGAGCGCGACCCUGCUCGCAAUCCCAAGCCUGCCAAUCUGAUGGACUACAGCUUCUUCCUCCCCAAGACCCAGACCACGGGUGACAACUUCCGGGCAAAGUUCGACCCGGAGAACCCCAAUCACGACGACGAUUCGCUCUACACAUACCAGAGUGGCUCCAACGCCUGCUUCCAGUUCUCCCGUCUCCGUGCGUAUGAAACGACCAAGGAGACGGAGCUGGACCACAACUCCAAAUACAGCGAGGAAGUCAUCCUCGCGUUCAAUGACGAGCCCUCAGGCAGCAAGCAGAAGGCCGCCUACUACUACCCGGUCAUCCAGCGUACCACCAUUCGUCCCCAGCGUGCCAAGAACAUUGCCCGCACGCUAAGCCAUAUGGAUGAUGAAACGCAGGUUGUCAACGAGGUUGAAGUGACCGUCACUGACCCCAAGGGAGCGCCUCGCGAAAACAUGAGGCGGUACAAGGAGAAGCCGAUCGGCUAUGUAGAGGAGGCUCAGGACCCCUUCCCUUCUGCCGAGGGCGCUGGCGAGGGCGCUGCUCCUGGAACGCCCUCGGACCGCGAUGCCGAUGGCGAUGCCGAUGGAGAUGAGGAUGAGGACUAGGAGGGUGGAAAGGAAGCAAGGAGAUGUGAAGUCCAUCACAUGACAUAGCACGUUGCUGGAGAAAGGCGGAAGGUCAUGACAGCAUCGAAAGCAAUUUCAACACGUAUCAAUGGGGUUUUGCACAAUCAGCCGCCCCCUGUAAACCAUCUGGCGUUUGGGUGUGAUAGAGAAACGGCCUUUGGUGGUGAACAACUAGACAGAAAUCACACGGACGAAACAUGCUGCUUGGUUUGUGCCGUAACACGAUUCGACGAGGACCGACGUGACACGCAGCGUGAAGAGUGCGAGACACCUUUGCAGUCGAAUGACUGAGGAUCGCGUGCUUCUCAUCCGCGCGAAAGAAGAUGUGAUGCUGAAGGG